AGCUCCCUCCACUGGCUGCGAUCGGCGCUGCGCGCACCGAGCAGGGCGCACGGAGGAGGAAGCGCCACCAAAGACGCGCGACUUUGCUGCGUUUGGGAAACAAAAAGCGGGCGGGCGAGAAAGCGCGCACCCGCCUCCCUCCCGGGAGAGCCGUGCCUUUAAAUGCUGGGGGCCGAGCGCUCGCCGGGGACUCCAGCGCCCGCCUCGCUCUCUCCAGCCACCCGCUCCGGCUCCCGCUUGUUGCUCAGGCCGGCUGGCCAGGCGGGCGCGCGGCGCGCAGCCGGAGCGCACAGCGCGGCGACCAUGAGCCACCUGCGGCCGGGCUGAGCUGGAGGGGGGAAGCCACAACUCUCUGUUGGCUGUUGCUCCCCCCACCCCCCAGGGGAGACGAAUAAGCCUUCAGGAACCAGGCGGACUAACCGGCUCCCCAGGAGCCUCGCAGCGGCGGCGUCGCUUGGUAAGUUUCCAGCGCCGUCGCCGCCACCAGCAGCCGCUCUCCGGACGGAGGAGGAGGAAUAGGAGGAGCGGGGGAAGGUAUGGGGAGUGGAUCAGGUGACGGCAGCCAGGCACACCUGGGCUGAUCUCCGGCUUGUUUGUGCAGAGAAGGCGGCGGGAGAGCAGGCAUGGGGAACCAAGUGGAGAAGCUGACGCACUUAAACUACAAGGAGGUUCCCACCACAGACCCGACGGGCAUGGACAGGGAUGAGGGCCCCCGGAUUGGGGUCUCCUACAUAUUUUCUAACGACGACGAUGACGUGGAGCCUCAACAUGACUCCGUGGCGCCCGACCUCGGCGGAGAGCACCCCACGUCUCAGCCGUACGACCCCCGGCUUCAUGAAGUGGAAUGUUCCAUCUAUUACCGCGACGAGUGCAUAUACCAGAAAAGCUUCUCUGGGGAUGCGCCGACGUCCGACGGGGUGGAAGGAGGAGGAGGAGGGGGCCACCUGGCCACCUACACACCAGAAAACCUUUUGAACCGGUGCAAGCCUGGGGACGUGGUGGAGUUUGUCUGCCAGGCCCAGUACCCUCACUGGGUGGUCUACGUUGGGGAUUUCCAAGUUGUGCACCUGCACCGGUUGGAGGUAGUGAACAGCUUUCUGACCGACGCCAGCCAGGGCAGGCGGGGACGUAUUGCUAACCAGCUGUACCACUACAAGCCUCUGAGCCCGGCCACAGUGGUGCGGAACGCCCUGGACCAGGUGGGCUGCAAGGACCGGGACCUCAGCUGGAGGAACUCGGAGUGCUUUGCCGCGUGGUGCCGCUACGGCAAGCGCGAGUUCAAAAUCGGCGGCGAGCUGCGGAUAGGCAAGCAGCCAUACCGCUUGCAGAUCCAGCUGGGGGAGAAGCGCAGCCACACCCUGGAAUUCCAGAGUCUGGAGGACCUCAUCAUGGAGAAGCGGAGGAACGACCAGAUCGGGAAGGUGGCUGUCCUCCAAGAACUGUCCAGCCACCUGCAGCCGGCCGAAGACGCCGACGGCAAGGAUCCCGGGGCCCAGACAGCCAACGAGUAAGCGGGGCUUGCACCGCUGGGCCCAGCCUGGGUGACACGAUUAAAACUGAAGGCGGAGAAACUGAGCUGUUAUAAGCCCCUUUGGGCUGCUUCAGGGUGGCUUCACUCCAAUCACAUGUGAAGGGAAGUGUGUGUGGGGGGGAAGCUGAUUAAGUGUCUGUACUUUAGCACUUAACUCCUUCCGCGCUUGGUAGAACCAGCAACUUUACUUUUUUAUUUUGUUUUGUUUUUUGGUCAAGGGUUAAAACUCAGGGAGAUCUUCCUUCCUCUCUGUUCUGGCGUGGUUUUCUCUCCCCCAGCCGGCUCCAAGUCUGUGCUUUUAGCUCCUGCAGCUUUAAAUUUGGGUGAAGUCCAGUGGCUCUGGGCUACAUGAUUAAAAUGCGGAGCCGGAAAGUUCCCCUCUGCUGUCUGUUUCCCCCCUCCUUUACCUCCUAGUUUGCAUUGGCAUUUCUGGAAUCUAUUUCAGUCCUGGCCUCCCCAACCUCCCCUGCCCCCAUUCCUCCAAGAAUCUAAUGGCUAAAUCACUGUUAACGCCGUAGAAUGGGGUUGUUGGCCUGUUUGCAUUGGCUUCUUAAUAAAGAGAAGCCAGCCUUUGGAAGGCUAUGGGAUGGAGGCUCCUGGGUCCCCUUUGUGGGAUCUCUGGAAGGAGCCCUUGUUAUUAGACUCCUGCUCCCAUCAUCCCUGUCCAUUGGCCAUGUUGGCUGGGGGACGAUGGGUGUUGGAGUCCUGCAACAUCUAGAGGUCUACUGGUUCCACAUCCCUGGUGUAGGAGGACAGUUGCAACUUCUUUUCACUUUUAACCGAGGAGCCUAAAAUAUGUUGGCAGAAAGUUGGCUUCUGUUUCCUGGUAGCAGGGCAGAUUUCCUUCGGGUGCUACUGAAAUGGUUGGCAAAGCUUUCCCUUGAAUUCUGUUGAGCCAUAUGACCCACUUUCAAUAUAUCUCACAGGCCAGUUGGGGGUUUUUUUUGGGGGGGGGGAUCAUACUAUUUUGGUGGCAGUGGGAGAAGGAUUAAAUCCACGUGGCACCAUUGGGAUGUGAAUUGGCUUCAUAGCCACAUAAUGUUUGGGCACAUCUAUGUUAUUGCAAAAUGUGUAUUAAUUCUACACAAUUUAAUUGCACACUAGGAACUGAUAGCUCCCCCCCUUUUUUAAGGUCUCUGGGUCCAAAAUUUCUGGGUUUGCAUGACAGUUGGCUUGGAGGGCAGACAUACCCUGAUUUAAUUGCUUUUGGAGAUCAGGUUCUUAGUGAUUUUGAAGAAACUGGUUGUCUCGAUCAGUUUGUAUUGUAAUUUGGUUUGCUUACGAAAUUGAUUUCAGGAUCCCAGGAAAACUGUUUCUGAAAGGUUGGGGUUUUUUCACCCUUUCCCUUUCCCUUUGCACCUCAGUAAGAUCUGCAGAUCGUAGAAAGCCCUCUCCCUUUCUGAGUAGCGGUUUGGCAGUAGACUAGGCUUAUCUGUUGCCUGAAGUUAUGGUGGGUUUUCAAGCUGUGUUCUGGCUUCACCUGCUGCACGUAGAUUCCUCCGGAAGCCUUUUUAAGUUCAUCCCCAUGUGCCGCUGCGCCACAACGAUAUUGUUGGGGGAAGAAAGAGGGAGCAAUUGUUCUCCUUUUGGUGAUAGAUCUGAUUUUUAAAAGCCAUUUGACUCGUCAAGGGAUCGUAGUUGCAGAAGGAGAGAGAUGCAAAGCCUUCCUUUGUAGUGGCUUGCUAGCGCAGGGUAACAAUUGAAUUGGCCCUGUUUUUUGAAAGCUCUUUUCACUUCAAUGGGGUUUAUGUAAUAGCCAUGCUUGAUGGGUUGUUUUCUGCCUGAGAAUUGCAUCCCACUUCCUAGCAUUCAGAGAACACAACAGGGUCCUUCACACAAAUGGGGCGAGGAAGAGAGAGCUUAUUUCUUGAAUGAGCCACCGGAUUGACUUGAGGUAGCAAGAAUUAGUACUGUACUUGAAAGCAAAGUGUUUUCAAUGGAAUUAAGCAGAAUAUAUAGUAUAUCCUCCCCCCCCCCUCUUACAGCUUGCAGUUCUCCACUACUUGAUGCAAAAAAGGAUUCCUUUGCCCUGCUGUCCAUUGCAAGAUUGGAUCAUAUGUAAUCGGAGAGAGUGGGCUGUACUCCUCAUGAAACAUACUUUGGGGUAUUCCCACGAGAGUUAGCAGGUCUGUUCCAGGGCAAGCAACUUUUGGGUUGCGAGUAGUUUGGAAGGCAAAGGAAUUUCAAGUUUGAUUCGGUUGUCGUGACUCUGAAGUUAAGGAAACUGUAGCACAUAGGAAACGGUUUCUUAGCUUCCCCUAACACUUUCUGUCUGUUCUUGGGAUACACUGUUCUGUUGCAGCGGCAACUAGGUAAACCCACAAGCCAGAUCAUUUGUCUUAAACCAACGUAAUAUGGCGCCCUGAAAGCCGUUUUCAACAGUAAUCCCGAAGUGGCUUGCUCUGAAGUAUUCAAACCUGAAGUUAGUGGUUCACCUCAAAGAAUACAGCAGGUUGUACAUUCAACAGAAAAAAGUGGUAGAGGCUUUCCAGGGCUGUACCACUUUAGGCUGCAUUUGUGGGGGGGUCACAUGAUUGGAUGCUUCUCUUCCCAGAACAAACACAAACCUUCCCUUAGCAUAGAAGACGCACGCCACAAAUGUUCAUAUCACAAUUUUCUCUGUGUCGUAAACAGAGUCUUAUCCAAUGCGGCACUCGAGAUAUGUGAUUGCCCCCCCCCCCAUACUUUGAAAUAGUACAGUCCAGGAAAACAAAGUUGCUGCUUCAUUCUGCUGAAUGUAGAACUCCCCAGAAACUUGCAGCGCUUGUCUGAUUCUUGCACUCCAAGCAAACCCACACUUGAUUUGACUUAGCUGGGUUGUGGGCUGUUGCAUCACUGUUUGUUUUUGGGUGGAGGGAUAGCAAUGCUAUUAUUUCACCAACCAGUUUCUGAGCUUUUCGUUUUGAGAUGACGGAAAGUUCACGAUAAUUUCUCGAGGAAGCCACCGGUGUCGGAAAACACGGGCCAGCUUCCAAGUCGUGUGCUCCAGACCAUGAGACCCCCUAAACAGCUGUGCACAAUGCACAAGAUCUGAAGGUGGCAUUGAGGAGCAGGAUGCAGCUCCUGGCAUGCUUCCGAGGCUGUUGUCGGUGCACCUGCCUACGCCGGAAAAAUCCUGCUUCCGGUGAUGUCGUCCCGUUGGUGGGCGUGAGCUGUGGGCUUGGUCUCUGUCCUUGCAAGAUGGAAAUGGCACCUGAGCAUUGGGGGGGGGGCACUUCCUAUAUACACGAGCCAGUUAUGAACACCAAUUGAGUACUUCCUGUCAUUGUGCCCCCCCAGAAAUCUGUGGCUUCUUCCCUCCUCCUCCCCCUGUGGAAUAAAAGGUUUUAAGGAUGCCCUAAAAUAGGGCGAUGUCUCGGAACUGGGCUUGAUGCUGGAGUAGCCAUUGCUUAUCCUGGAACCUGCAACUUGUUUGGCAAGGGGAUGAGUGUGUAAGAGGGGUUGUUUCAACGGGUGAAGCAGUGGGUGGGAAGCGAUGUCUUGUUUUGCUGUUUUCCUGCCCCUUGAUCCAUAGACGUGUGUUGUGCAGUGUCGCCUGAAGGAAAACAAUGGGGAGGGAUUGUAGGAGAAAAGCAGCAGGUGGAGGAAGGGUUAAGCCAGGGGUCGGCAGCGUGCCCACGAGCCACCCCCUAACCGAACCGCUCGCUCGGUGAGUCCCCCACGCACUGCGCUAAACCGGUGCAGCACGGGGACUCGCCGAGCGGCACCGGAAAUCACAUCUGCGCAUGCACAGAUACCAGAAAUUGCGUCUGCGCAUGUCCAGAUGCCGAAAAUCACUUGGGCAUGCGCAGAAGCGAUUUCUGGCACCGUGGACGUGCGCAGACGUGAUUUCACUCUGCACCAGUCUGGCCCACACCACAGAUAAUCUCCAUGGGAGUGAUCCAGCCCAUGGCCAGUAAACCGUUCUGACCCCUGGGUUAAGCACUCACAUGUUCCUCCUCCCCUUUCCCCUCCAUAGCUUUUCUGGUGGUCACACAUCUGAGUUUUCCCCUGAAAACUUAGCUCUCCCUUCGGUAUAAAGCCUCUGUCCCAAGUCUACAGAAGGGAGGGUUGUGGCAGAUGACACCUUCUUCCAGCACUUUGGUGCCAUAACAGGUGAGGAAGCAGUACCUGCUGCAAUUCUCCUUUCAUUAAACCACUAUUAAAGGCACAACGGAGCCUUGGCUUCCUGUUAAAUCCUUCAACUGUAUCCUGGCUCCAGAGUCGAUUCUAUAAAGUUAUUAAUGAUUCCGGUCCUCAGUUUUGUGUAGGACGAGAUUUAUUCCACUAUGUGACGAGUGGUUGUAAAAUUAUAUUUUCUUACACAAGUAUUUUUUUUGAAAGAAAGCCUAUAACGAGAAUAUUUACAUUUCUUGAAAGUUGUUGUAUUAUUUUCACACGCAAAAAAGAAAAGAAAAAAAGAAUAUCCUCCAAAUCGGUUAUUAUUUUUGUCAUUGGUGAUCUAAAAGUAUUUUCUAGGUCAUAAAUCUACUGUAAAAGAAACUAUAGAUGUCAAACAUUGUGAAUCUAUGUAUCUACAAGGUACUAAACUGUAACUUUACUGUGAAAAUUAUUUUCCCCUGUGUGUCCGAAACACUGAAGAUGGUUUUGGGGGAGGAACUUUUUCUCAUCAGCUUUUAUUCCCCCCCCCCAAAAAAAACCCAUGAUGUGCUUUAUUUGUAAAAGCAAAUACUUAUUCAUUGUUGGACAGCUGCUCAGGUUUAAACAAAACUCAUUUGUUAACUGA